AUGAGCCCCGUGGCAUUAAUGUUAGGCUUGAAGACCUUGUGGGUUUUGGCUUUUUCCUCUCUUUCCAACACGCUGGCGGUGAAUAACAGCGGCCGAUGGUGGGGAAUAAUAAAUGUGGCCUCGUCCACCAACCUGCUGACGGACUCCAAGAAUGUGCAGCUGGUGCUGGACCCUUCUCUGCAGCUGCUGAGCCGCAAGCAGCGCAAGCUCAUCCGCCAGAACCCAGGGAUCCUGCACAGCAUCAGCAGCGGCCUGCAGAGCGCCAUCAAGGAGUGCAAGUGGCAGUUCCGCAACCGCCGCUGGAAUUGCCCCACCACAGCAGGGCCAAACAUUUUUGGCAAGAUUGUCAACAGAGGUUGCCGAGAAACAGCUUUCAUCUUCGCCAUCACUAGCGCUGGCGUCACUCACUCUGUGGCCCGCUCUUGCUCCGAGGGCUCCAUCGAAUCCUGCACCUGUGACUACCGCCGGCGGGGCCCAGGAGGUCCUGACUGGCACUGGGGUGGCUGUAGUGACAAUGUGGACUUCGGAAGGGUCUUUGGACGAGAGUUCGUGGACUCCAAUGAGAAGGGGCGGGACCUGCGUUUCCUGAUGAAUUUGCACAACAAUGAAGCAGGACGUCUGACGGUCUUCACCGAGAUGCGCCAGGAGUGCAAGUGCCAUGGCAUGUCUGGUUCCUGCACGAUCAAGACCUGCUGGAUGCGGCUGCCCACUUUCCGGACCGUGGGGGACUUUCUCAAGGACCGUUUUGACGGUGCCUCACGGGUCAUCUACGGCAACAAAGGCAGCAACCGGGCCUCCCGGGUGGAGCUGCACCACUUGGAGCCCGAGAAUCCUGCCCACAAGCCCCCUUCCCCGCAUGACCUGGUCUACUUUGAGAAGUCGCCCAACUUCUGCACCUACAAUGGCAAGACAGGGACAGCGGGGACCGCGGGCCGUUCCUGCAACAGCUCCUCUCCUGCCCUGGAUGGCUGCGAGCUGCUGUGCUGUGGGAGAGGGUACCGGACCCGGACGCAGCGGGUGACAGAGCGCUGCAACUGCACCUUCCACUGGUGUUGCCAUGUCAGCUGCUUGAACUGCACCAACAUGCAAGUGUUGCACGAGUGCUUGUGA